AUGGCCCAAGGUUGCAGAGUGCGGAGGAUGAAGCUUGGGAGCCAAGGCUUUGAGGUUUCGGCUCAGGGACUUGGUUGCAUGGGUCUCUCCGCCUUCUACGGCGCUCCCACUCCUGAGACCAACGCCGUCGCUCUCCUGCGUCACGCCAUUAAUGCCGGCGUUACAUUCCUCGAUACCUCCGACAUAUACGGUCCCAGCACAAACGAGCUGCUGCUCGGCAAGGCUUUGAAAGAUGGGUCGAGGGAGAAAGUGGAAUUAGCGACGAAAUUUGGGAUCACUGGUGUGCAUAUGCAUGGAGAUUGGACAUUUGGUGUGAGAGGAGAUCCAGAGUAUGUUAGGUCAGCUUGUGAGGCGAGUUUAAGGCGUCUUGGUGUUACUUGUAUUGAUCUUUACUACCAACAUCGAACUGAUAUCAAUGUCCCCAUCGAAGUCACGAUCGGAGAAUUGAAGAAGCUAGUUGAAGAAGGUAAAAUAAAGUAUAUAGGUUUGUCUGAAGCUUCAGCUUCAACUAUCAGAAGAGCACAUGCGGUUCACCCGAUAACCGCUAUGCAGAUAGAAUGGUCCUUGUGGUCGAGAGACGUGGAAGAAGAAAUCAUUCCUACCUGCAGGGAACUUGGAAUUGGAAUUGUUGCUUAUAGCCCUCUAGGAAGGGGCUUCUUGGCAUCAGGACCUAAGCUUGUUGAGAAUUUGGACCAAGAUGACUUUCGAAAGACUCUACCAAGAUUCCAACAGGAGAACUUAGACCACAACAAGAUUCUUUACGAGAAGGUUAGUGCAAUGUCGGAGAAGAAAGGAUGCACUCCUGCACAACUAGCCCUCGCAUGGGUUCACCACCAGGGAGAUGAUGUUUGCCCCAUCCCAGGAACUACUAAGAUCGAAAACCUCAACCAAAAUAUUGGAGCUUUGUCUGUGAAACUCACUCCCGAAGAGAUGUCUGAGCUCGAGUCCAUUGGCCAACCAUAG